AUGUCUACCGCACUCUCCAUCCUGCAAAUUGCCCUGGCCAAGGAGCUGGAUUCCCUGAGUGACCCGGAGGACUGGUCCGAAUUCGGCCCCAUGGAUGUCGAGGAAGACACAUCAACACCGGAGGAGGUCUCAGCGCUGCGCGAGUUCGUACAGGCCUACAACACCCCAAGCGCCCUGAACGCAGAGGAGACAGCUCGCAAGCUCAUGUCGCUGAAUGAGGACCACGUGCCAUGCGAUGGCGACUUCGACAAGGGCAGACGAAUUGCCUGGCUGCUAUAUGAUGUUGGCAUCCAGAUGGUACAAUAUCAAGUCGCUAUCCUGGUAGUUGCCGACGCCGUUAUGGCCCUUCCCCGCUUAGAUGCGACACCUGAGCAGGAAGUCCGGUUCGGGAAGAAGAAGUUGGAGCGGUGGAGGAAAUUGGAAGACUUUUGGUAUUACUGCUGGAACGAGAGAUGGGAUAGGUAUAACGAGUUUCGAUACAGUACUGCAUCUGGCGCAUACAUCUGUGCGAAUGCAUGGGUGGCCCGUCAUCUUGUACUACACCCCCCCCCCCCCGACAUUUACUACACCUCUGAGCUAAGUGUGGCCUUCAGCCGGAUGAUAUUGGCCCUUGAGAAAGAUCGGUGGAACUAUCCUUUUGUGCGAGAGGAUGGUGAUGUCACCAUCCGCUCGCCCAAAGACUGGACUAUUACCAUGCUUAACACCCACGUUCACGCCUUGGUCCCAUUCUUAGUGAUAGCAGGAGACAUAAUGUACCGAUAUACCGACAGAGAGAUGAUAGUGCGGAGGUUCGCGGAGGCACAUCAAGAGAACCAUAAGGACAACACAAGGGAGUCUUGGCAGCGAUAUAGUUUAUUCUGUUCCGGAAGAUCCUUGUGGAAGGACGAGAAGAAAGUCGACCAACAUGAAUGGCUGACGCGAGAGAGGUGGGCUUUUUGGAAGAAAAGAUUGGUAUGGAUUUCAGAGCAGACCGAGCUCUUACAACGGACUCGGGACGAGGCGAUCAUGCUUGUGCAGCUGAUGACGGAGAUCGAGGGUCGUGGGGCGUAAACACCAAGAAACGCAUCACGCUACAACGGGGCCACGGAGACACAGUCAACGGCAAUGAACACAACGCAUUAUUGCCUUCCCCUUGAAACUGGUGCCUUGUCGCUGUCGGCCUUGCAGGGCAGGUAGCAAAAG